GGCAGUGGCAGUCAGGGCUGGGAAAUUUACAAGUCUCUGUGUGACUCCCUUUCCCUCCCGCUCACCCGGUUCUCAUGCCCUCAGAGUACUGGGGUCGCAGCAAGUCAGUGGACUAAAGCAAAAUGGGAGCCUAUCAUUUAUCAUGUUUCACCUCUUUUUAAGUGCUUCGUUUAGAUUUUACUCCAAAGUGUCACGUUAAGAAAGGGGGCCAUAUGAGUCGGAACACGCCAGUGGACACAGGUCAGUCGUUUCUUUCAGGGCUGGCACAAAGUGCACUGUUAUGUAUUCUUUUGCAGGGCUGAUGUGUGAUGACUUGCUACAUAUAUUGGGACUUGUUGGUAUUACUUGGGAACGAGAGCUUUCAUUGUAACUCUCUCUGUAUAGCAGAUCUGCAGUGUGAGGCUUGUGUGUCACCUCUGUGUACAGUGAUUUGUGAACCUUAUGGGAAACAUGAUCUGUUUUGAUUCAGAAUAUACGUGUGUCACAUAGGACUGUGGACGCAGUUCAUAAAGGUUGGUUUGUACAGUGCAUGUGUGUGCGCUCAGUGAAGCCAGCACAGGGAGGGGCUUUGCAAGCAGGCUUUUGCUGCAUUAUUUCCUCCCAGCAUUUUCUCUUGCACCAUGGUGUAUGCCCAGCCUAGCCAUGAUUAGUUGGAACACAAUAGUGGAGAAGACAAAGAAAUGUAGAGGAGGAACUAGCUCUGCUCUCUGGCUUGUGCUGCUAAGCCCUGAAGAAGUGGAGUCUGCUUACAUUAACCACUGAGUUGCAUUUGAUGUCAUACCUAUUAUUCACUGUGUCAGUGAGAUGUUACUCUAUCCAGAUGGAUCUGUCUAUUUUAGGACAGCUACAAUAUGAGAUAAGACUUAUAUCAUAAUCCUUGUUCAUACAGAAAAGGAUAUGCAUUGAUUUGGAUUCUGAAUGUAGCUAUAACCAUCGUAUUCCAUUAUUCUUAAUUGUGUGAUUGCCUCAAAUCUACCUCUUUAAUCUAUAUUGUGGUAAUGUGUUGUCAGAUGUAGUGCUACUAUGAUAUUUAUGUUUCACAGCCAUGAAGAUUGAAGCAGAAUCACUUUCAGACAUUAAAUCACUAUUUGUGCUAGGAUGUUGGCAUCUCCAUGGAAACCACUUUGGCUAUCAAAGCAUAUUGCAGCAUCCGCUGAGGGCUAAGAAUACGAAUGGAUUUCCAACAAUGGGGAACUCAUUACAAUUAUUACAAAAUAGACUUGGGCCAUCCCAUGUGUAAAAUGGAACUAAAAUGUCUGUACUAUUUUGUGUUCUUCCUGAAUUACAGUGAGGAUUGUCCAACUGCCCAUUUGGACAACUGUAGAAAAGGAGGUACUAAGCCUCUAAUGCGUUAAAAAAUGUCAUUCCAUUGGUUAUAGGCUACAUAAAAAUUUAUUUGCGUUCAGGCAGUCCCUGAUAGCUGCAUUAUUUGAUGCUAAAUGAUAAGGGCCAGUGACCAUUUUAGACUGAUUCAAUAUUUCAUCAAUGGUACCAACAGGAAACGCUGAUAUGUUUUGGUUCAAAGUAUGUAGAGUUUGUUUUAAUCCUUAAGUGGCCGAGCUACAGCGGUGUUUGUCAGAACAUGAGAUAUCCCGAAAAUCGGUCUUCUCACGACAACGUCUGGGCUACAAACUAAUAUGACCACUCUAUGGAUAGAUGAGACUCUCACUUGACACAAGUGUCACGGAACUCGUCUGAAGGUAACCGGUACCGGUUUAAAAAAAAUAAUGGAAGUAUGGAGGUAGUGUGCCCCAAAAUAAAAGGGGUUAAAUCAUUAGCUGUCUUAUAUCUGCCAGAUAUAGGAAAUACACUUCAAAACCUUAUUCCUUAUGAUUUAUUUUUUAACUGUCUGUUUUGCCAUUUAUGAAUGUGUUAUUAAAUGCAUUUCUAUGGUCUAUAGUAGUAAUGGUUAAUAUUUGUUUUCAAUACCUACAGGGGUCCUAAAAUUCAAAACCAAACAAACAAUUCCAUAUGUUAGCUUUAGUGUAUUUGAAUGAUUGGUCUACUAUGCAGAGGGACAGACAAUCAUUUAAAGGGGUGUCCUGAUGCCAAACAUUGAACAUUCCACAGCACUAGGUACUGUAGUUUACGUUGGAUCUCCUCCAGGUGCAAGCAGACCCAUGUCACAGUACAACCACAGACACUGGGGAACAAUGGUCCUUUGGCAGCGACGUGAUUUCUCUCCAGGUUCCACCACAUUGGAUACAUCCCAAACAGCACCUUAUUCCCUAUAUAGUGCAAAAGUAGUGCACAAUAUAGUGAAUAGAUUGCCAUUUGGGAUGUAUAUGAAAGUAGUGCACUACAUAGGGACGCAUACACUGUCUCUGAGGCAGCAGCAGUAUUUGCAUGUGUAAUGAGUUGAUAGCAGAGAGCGGCUCCAGAUGAAACAGCACCUCUCUCUGAAUGGAACUCCAACAUAAGCUGCUCAGGCUGAUACUGGGACGAGAGUGAAGCUGAACACUGUUUCUUUGUUUCCGUGUCAAAAAACAAAGAGGAGUAUACCAGUUACAUUGACGGCUGUGCCAUACAGAUUGCAAAAUAGUUGGGAAGAGAGUUCCGAUGUACCGAUUCCAUGGCACAUAUAUAUAUGGUGGACACAACCAUCCCAGCUCUGCAGAUUUUGCUGCGAAGAGACAGAAUCAUUAGAUCAUUUGUUUUGGUAAUAUCCAUAUGUAGCUUGUUUUUGGUCGCAGGUUCAGGAAUGGCUGAAGAAUUGCAACAUUUACAUGGAGUUAACUCUGCAAAUAGCACUGCUGGGUGAUCUGAAAAGUCAUAGUCAAUCUAUCAAUAAUAUAAUAAUACUCUUAACAAAAAUGUUUCAUUAAUUUACAAUCUGUAGAAACUAUGAGAAUAGAAAUGUUCAGAACUUUCGUGAAACAUCACAGCACAGUUGAAAAAUAUAUGGCAAAUAGAAAUCAAAACUGGAUGGUGUUCAGCGAUAGAUGGAAGGGGUUGAGGGUAGCUGAAGGAUGGGACUAAAAACAAACAAAAGAUAACUAAUGUAAAAUAUAAUGUAAAAUAUACUGUGUCCGUAAAAUGUAUAUAUUAUGUAUAAGCUGGAAGUAGAAGCCUAAGUGUUGUUGUCAAUUAGUUUACUCCAGUUAGGGGAGGGGUGGUAGGGUUAGUGGAAAAUAAUAAAGGAAAAUAUAUUUUUAAAGAAUAUAUAUAUUUAAAAGAAUAUAUAUAUAUAUAUAUAUAUAUAUAUAUAUAUAUAUAUAUAUAUAUAUAUAUAUAUAUAUAUGGGGGAUUGGAAAUGAUGCAGACAAUUAUAUUGAUAGAAUCCACAAUCUAUUUGCAAUAUUAAAGCUGAUCCACCCCCUAAACAUAAAAAAUAAAGAGUCGGAGAGAACAUGCCAGUCAUGCUCCGCUAGCUCUGCUAGGUAUCUAAUGGCAUUAUAUGUGUUAGAAGAUGGCAUCCCACGUCAUGUAGUAAGAGAACCAAAUGCCAGACUCUUGUUGUCACAUACACUACAUCAAUAAACUGUAUUUAGGGCCAUGCAUUAAAAUAAUUGCAACUUGAUUACUGAUACAAACAAUGGCUGGCUGAAGACGUGGUGAUGGAAAUAUGGAGAAUGAUUUGUGGAGGAAAGGCAACAAGUUCCAACAACACAUCGUUUGACAGUUACAAUUCAACACUUAUUACAAUCAGUAGCCUAAUUUGGCACUUACAGUAGUAUUUGUGCAGCUGACUGACGAACCUGGUCUUGUUUUGAUUUGUUUAAUUACACCAUCAGUCAGAGUUUAAUGGCUGUCACUGGUGCCUGUUCUCCACUGGCCUGUCAUGAAGUGGUCUACUGUGUAGUGGCAUUGGGGAGGAUGAGGGACUCGGUCUGCGUCCCAAAGUCCCAAAUGGCACCUUAUUGCUAAUGUUACCUUUUCCCUUCAGAAAGUAUUCACACCCCUUGAUCUUUUUCCACAUUUUGUUGUGUUACUGCCUGAAUUUAAAAUGGAUUCAAUAUAAAUGUUGUGUCACUGGCCUACCACAAUACCCCAUAAUGUCAAAGUGGAAUUAUGUUUUUAGAUAUUUUUUUUUACAAAUGAAUAAAAAAUGAAAAGCUGAAAUAUCUUGAGUCAAUAAGUAUUCAACCCAUUUGUAAUGGCAAGCCUAAAUAAGUUCAGGUGUAAAUAUUUGCUUAACAUGUCACAUAAUAAGUUGCAUGGAAUCACUCUAUGUGCAAAUAUAGUGUUUAUAAUUCUUUUUUAACGACUACCCCAUCUCUUUACCGCACACAUACAAUUAUCUGUAAGGUCCGUCAGUCGAGUAGUGAAUUUCAAAAACAGAUUCAACCACAAAGACCAGGGAGGUUUUCCAAUGCUUCGCAAAGAAGGGCACCUAUUGGUAGAUGGGUAAACAUUUUAAAAGUAGACAUUGAAUAUCCCUUUGAGCAUGGUGAAGUUAUUAAUUACACUUUGGAUGGUGUAUCAAUACACUCAGUCACUACAAAGAUACAGGCGUCUUUCCUAACUCAGUUGCCGGAGUUGAAGGAAACCGCUCAUGGAUUUCACCAUGAGGCCAAUGGUGACUUUAAAACAUUACAUGCUGUGAUAGGAGAAAACUGAGGAUGUGUCAACAACAUUGUAGUUACACAACAAUACUAAUCUAAGUGAAAAGAAGGAAGCCUCUACAGAAUAAAAAUAUUCCUAAACAUGCAUCCUGUUUGCAAUAAGGUACUAAAGUAAAACUGCAAAAAAUGUAGCAAAGAAAUGUCCUGAAUACAAAGCGUUAUGUUUGGUGCAAAUCCAACACAACACAUCACUGAGUAUCACUCUUCAUAUUUUCAAGCAUGGUGGUGGCGCCAUCAUCCUAUGGGUAUGCUUGUCAUCGGCAAGGACUAGGACAUUUUUUAGGAUGAAAAUAAAUGGACUAGAGCUAAACCUGGUUCAGUCUGCUUUCCAACAGACACUGGGAGACAAAUUCACCUUUCAGUAGGACAAUAACCUAAAACACAAGGCCAAAUAUAUACUGGAGUUGCUUACCAAAACGACAUUGAAUGUUCCUGAGUGGCCUAGUUACAGUUUUGAUUUAAAUUGGCUUGAAAACCUAUGGCAAGACCUAUGGCAUGAAAAUAGCAGUCUAGCAAUGACAACAACCAACUUGACAGUGCUUGAAGAAUGUUAAAAAUAAUCAUGUGCAAAUAUUGUACAAUCCAGUUGUGCAAAGCUCUUAGAGACUUACCCAGAAAGACUCACAGCUGUAAUGGCUGCCAAAGGUGAUUCUAACAUGUAUUGACUCAAGGGUGUGAAUACUUAUGUAAAUUAGAUAUUUCUGUAUUUUAUUUUCAAUUUAUUUGCAAACAUUUCUAAAAAUAUGUUUUCACUUUGUCAUUAUGGGGUAUUGUGUGUAGAUGGAUGAGGGGGGAAAAUCCAUUUUGAAUUCAUACUGUAACACAACCAAAUGUGGAAUAAGUCAAGUGGUAUGAAUACUUUCUGAAGGCACUGUAGUGCAUUACUUUUGACCGGUGCCCUAUGGGCCGUGGUCAAAAGUAGUGUACUAUAUAGGGAAUAGAGUGCCAUUUGGGAAGAAACCAGGGUCUUUCCUCAGUCUCUAUGACUCUGGCAGCUAUUAAACACUCUGACCCCUUUAUUCACCCAAUAGCACUUUACAGCCCUCUGGGUGCUCCUCCCGGUCCAUUUGACAUUUUUCACUUUCUUUCUUUUAUAGAGGGUAUAACCAUGUCAGUCAUAAUUUCCUCCUAACCACUAUAAACUGUCUUCAGUCAUGCCCCAGAUUGGAACCCCUCUAGGGAGCACUGAAUGUGCAACAUUACACAUUUUACAAAUCACUAUUUUAUUCAUGCACACACGCAUGGCCACACGCACACACAUUCACGUGUGCAUGCACAUGCACAUGCACACCUAGACACAUUCAGGCAUAUUUAAAUUCACUGCAUAUCCCAGGAUAAGUAAAGCUGUAGUCAAGCUUUUUAAAUUUCCCAUAAGAUGAAAAUUAAUUAAUUUUGAAGCCAAGGGAUAUUUUCAAUCAGUAGCCGGCUGGAUGCAUGCAUUGUGUUUUUGAGGUGCAACAGCAAUUAAGUACAGUCACAUUAUGUUUUGAAUUUUCAUAUGCUGCUGUGGGCAGAUAUUACCAUCCUUCUUUGGGCGGUAACGUCUCAUUUCAUUUUUGCCCCAUGUUGUUAUUUUGUGAUAAAAAUAUUCAGCCAGUGUUUUUAUGAAUACCAUCAGGAAUACAGGGCAGAGGAAACAAAAUCUCACUCCAGUGUCCCUUUUCUGUCGCCGCUCAAUCAAAGACAGCAGAAUGAACGUCCUGUGAGGUAGACGUAGCAUGCAAUUAGCAUCCUUCGCCUCGCAUCCAAGCUUUGUGGCACGGUGAUCAAUUGCCUGGGGACCAUCGGGUUGGUAGUGACGGCAGGGGAGGUGGUGGCGGGGGGACCUGGGCAGCAGGAGGGGGGUGUUGUGUUCUGUGGCUUACUGCUAAUUGACUGUUGAGGAGGACUGUGGAGGCCAGCGGGACCUAAACUGGGCAUUAAAUAAUGUGCACCCUUCCUUGUGCUGGCUGUUGCAGGUGCAGCGGCGGAGACAGAGAGGAGGGCCAUGAGUGGAAUACUGAAGAGGAAGUUUGACGAGGUGGAGGCGUCCUCCUCGCCGUGCUCUUCCUUGCGGGAGUCUGAUGACGAGGUCUCCUGCAGCGAGAGCGGAGACAGCAGUGACAGUGUCAACCCUUCAGCCUCGGGCCCCUUCACUCGUGAGUCACCCGUGAGCACACACACACACACACACACACACACACACACACACACACACACACACACACACACACACACACACACACACACACACACACACACACACACACACACACACACACACACACACACACACACACACACACACACACACACACACACACACACCACACACACACACACACACACACACACACACACACACACACACACACACACACACACACACACACACACACACACACACUGCUCUCUCCCGCUAUACAUAUGCUCAACACUGACACAGUCUGACACGAACAAACAAAAAGCUACAUGCGUUGUUCAUAUUGUACUUAGUGAAAGAGACAUCUUUUUGAAUGAAGCAUGUGUCAUUCAGAUGAUACUUCUCUAUCAUAAUUGUUGCUUCUAAAAUGAAUGUUGAGUGUAUUAGGAAACAGCAUGACAGUAACACUUUGUAAUUGUGAUGACUGUUAUUCUAAGUGCUGAAGCACAAUACAACCCUCGGGUAGAAAUAUCAUUCAGAUAACUCAGUUGAAGAGGAAAAUAAAAAAGCUGCAUCAAUCGGUGUGCUUUAAAAGAGGAGAAGAGACACAAUCCAUGGCAUUGUGUGAGCUGAACUGGUGUCUGUGUGGACAGCUGAGUAGCCAUAAGGACGGCUGGAUGGACUGUUCUGAGCUGGGUUGGUGUAGCUGGGCUGUAAUAAAGGAGAAUUAAUGCAGUGGAGCAGCAGUACAACAGUCUCUCAUUAGGCACAGUACAGUACAGCCAGAUGAAUGAGCUGAUGCUCUCCAGUCUCUAGCACUGUGCAAAGCCAGUGGUGUGUCUGGCAGGCUCUGAGAAGCUAUCAGUUGAGUAAACCUGUCCUCUGUCCCACAGCUGCUCACCGGAGAGGCUUCAGUCAGUUUGGCAGGCACCUCUGAUGGUGCCACUGAUAAAAAAAGACCUGUGUUUUAGAUUACCUGUAUUUUUCGAUGAGCAAAUAUGAUGUUAUUGGUAGGCAACCUGGGGAAAAAUUGGUGGAUUGUCAGUGGUUGGUUCCUCAGGUGACAGAUCUAUGUUGUGUUUGGGGACAGACGGAUACAGUAACCCUGCCCUGGUUUAUUGUGGGUGUGAGUGACAGGGCUCCUCCCUGUGUUGUGUGUGCAUGCCAGAGGAGGCUGGUGGGAGGAACUAUAGGAGGACGGGCUCAUUGUAAUAGCUGAAAAGGAAAUAAAUAUAACGGUAUCAAACAUAUGGAAACCAUUUAUUCCAUUCCAGCCAUUACAAUGAGGCCGUCCUCCUAAAGCUCCCCCCACCAGCCUCCUCUGGUGUGCGUACAUACAGUGGGGAAAAAAAGUAUUUAGUCAGCCACCAAUUGUGCAAGUUCUCCCACUUAAAAAGAUGAGAGAGGCCUGUAAUUUUCAUCAUAGGUACACGUCAACUAUGGAUUUUUAAUGAAUUUAUUUGCAAAUGAUGGUGGAAAAUAAGUAUUUGGUCACCUACAAACAAGCAAGAUUUCUGGCUCUCACAGACCUGUAACUUCUUCUUUAAGAGGCUCCUCUGUCCUCCACUCGUUACCUGUAUUAAUGGCACUUGUUUGAACUUGUUAUCAGUAUAAGACACCUGUCCACAACCUCAAACUGUCACACUCCAAACUCCACUAUGGCCAAGACCAAAGAGCUGUCAAAGGACACCAGAAACAAAAUUGUAGACCUGCACCAGGCUGGGAAGACUGAAUCUGCAAUAGAUAAGCAGCUUGGUUUGAAGAAAUCAACUGUGGGAGCAAUUAUUAGGAAAUGGAAGACAUACAAGACCACUGAUAAUCUCCCUCGAUCUGGGGCUCCACGCAAUGAUCACAAGAACGGUGAGCAAAAAUCCCAGAACCACACGGGGGGACCUAGUGAAUGACCGGCAGAGAGCUGGGACCAAAGUAACAAAGCCUACCAUCAGUAACACACUACGCCGCCAGGGACUCAAAUCCUGCAGUGCCAGACUUGUCCACCUGCUUAAGCCAGUACAUGUCCAGGCCCGUCUGAAGUUUGCUAGAGUGCAUUUGGAUGAUCCAGAAGAGGAUUGGGAGAAUGUCAUAAGGUCAGAUGAAACCAAAAUAUAACUUUUUGGUAAAAACUCAACUCGUCGUGUUUGGAGGACAAAGAAUGCUGAGUUGCAUCCAAAGAACACCAUACCUACUGUGAAGCAUGGGGGUGGAAACAUCAUGCUUUGGGGCUGUUUUUCUGCAAAGGGACCAGGACGACUGAUCCGUGUAAAGGAAAGAAUGAAUGGGGCCAUGUAUCGUGAGAUUUUGAGUGAAAACCUCCUUCCAUCAGCAAGGGCAUUGAAGAUGAAACGUGGCUGGGUCUUUCAGCAUGACAAUGAUCCCAAACACACCGCCCGGGCAACGAAGGAGUGGCUUCGUAAGAAGCAUUUCAAGGUCCUGGAGUGGCCUAGCCAGUCUCCAGAUCUCAACCCCAUAGAAAAUCUUUGGAGGGAGUUGAAAGUCCGUGUUGCCCAGCGACAGCCCCAAAACAUCACUGCUCUAGAGGAGAUCUGCAUGGAAGAAUGGGCCAAAAUACCAGCAACAGUGUGUGAAAACCUUGUGAAGAUUUACAGAAAACGUUUGACCUGUGUCAUUGCCAACAAAGGGUAUAUAACAAAGUAUUGAGAAACUUUUGUUAUUGACCAAAUACUUAUUUUCCACCAUCAUUUGCAAAUCAAUUCAUAAAAAAUCCUACAAUGUGAUUUUCUGGAUUUUUUUUCCUCAUUUUGUCUGUCAUAGUUGACGUGUACCUAUGAUGGAAAUUACAGGCCUCUCUCAUCUUUUUAAGUGGGAGAACUUGCACAAUUGGUGGCUGACUAAAUACUUUUUUUCCCCACUGUACUUGUGUACGUGUUUGUGUGCGUCCAUACGUGUGUGCGUGUUUGGGGGCGGGGGGGGGGGGGGGGGGGGGGGGGGGGGGGGGGGGGUGCGGUAUCAGGGACCAGGGUGCUGUUUCCCCAGACUACUGAGCCUUCUGUGUCAGCUGCUGCAGAUAAAGUCAACCAGGAGGACGUUACUCUAAACCAAGGGAAUCAGAGAGCUGUUCACCAUGUAGCACAGCACAUAGCUCCAUCAGCUUCUCCCCACUAAAGAGGUGUCACACUGUGUUAGGUGUGGUGCUGAGAUGUACAGUAGCAUUGUUGCCUGGAGAAUACAGUACAACUCCGUCUUGGGUCGCGUUAGUGUUGGAGAAAUAAUCCAGCUCCUCUCCUUGUGUGAUUGCGUUUACUGGAGCAUCACAAAGCCUUGGAAUCUCUGAAUCCGAAUCGUGAGGUCUUUGAAAAGUGCUUCUAUGUAUUCUCACAGAUAUAUUUUUAGAACUACAUGGGCGUAGCAACCCUAAUAUCACAAGAAGCUAGAAAAUGGACGGACAAGAAAUAGGAAGAAAUACAGAGAUAUCUAACUCUGUUACGUAUUGCAAGCUUGAAAAUGACUUCUGCAUGUAAUUGCUUUCUUAUUCAGUAAAACCACAUGGAUACCCAAAACAAAGUCUGAUAAACCUUCUUUGGGAGACAAUAAAGCGAAAUCUCAAUCAACAAGGCCAGACUGGUGCUGCCAUGCCUGUAAUGAAUGCAUUGUCCUUAUGGCACAGGGUGGAGUGCUGCUGGAACCAGAUGGUUCCCAUUUGUCCUGUUUUUCUGACAUCAAGUGAGCGCUGGGAAAGCUGUGCUCAACCACUCCAGAUCCGAGCCAGGAGGGGGAUUAUUUAUGCUCUCUGUCUUUGCUUCCCCCCCCCCCCCCCCCCCUUCCCUCCCUCCCUCCCUCUCAUAUAACAGUCCUUAAAAAGCCACACGUAGGACUGACAUGCCAAAUGGCAGCGUUGGGAUGAUGAAACAUUGCUCUACUAAGCUGGGUUGAGUUAGAGGACGUCCCUGUUGUCUGAGUGCUAGCAAAAAGACUCCUGAGGUUAAUUAAAAAUCAAAUAAAAACAGGCAUUAAAAUCAUGCAAAUCGUAAGCAAGCAGACUAGCGUUUUAUCUUGUAAUAGUAUGGCUACACGCCUACACCAUUGAGAUCACAUCAUGGUGAGCAACAACAAACAACUCUUUCCUAUGUACAUGAUGCCGAUUUAAAUAAGUGCUUUCUCUUAAAACAGUGUCCUUGUUCUUGUAUGCUGUAAAGGGGGUUACAUCUAGAUUUUUCUCAUACUGGUGAUUCUCUUUCUUGAUUUACAAUUGGCUAUUCUUUCCACCACAUCGAACUGGUUAAUCUUUCAUCCAUGUAUGAACCAAUAACCCUGCUUUCCCUAUUAUUUAUAUGUAUGAAAAAGCGAGCUAUCACCAGCUUCCUUUCACCAUCUUCUCCCCUUGUCUUUUGACUCUGUAGCUGAUUCUAUACUGAAGAGGGAGAAGCGUGUGAGAACGAGGAGGGUGCAUUUUGACAAUGUGACGGUAUACUACUUCAGCCGGCGCCAGGGCUUCACCAGUGUGCCCAGUCAGGGAGGCAGUACUCUGGGCAUGUCCAACAGACACAGCUGUGUCAGGCAGUACUCCCUGGGAGAGUUUGCCCUGGAGCAGGAGAGGAUCCACAGAGACAUGCUCCGAGACCAUCUGAAGGAGGAGAAACUCAACUCCAUUAAACUCAAGGUAUUAUGGAAACGGAAGCAACUGAGCUACUGAAAUGUACUGUAAACAGGGAGAGGAGAUAAUGCAUCAUGAUACACAGACGGUACUAGACUAUACUUAAGCAAUAAGGCCCGAGGGGGUGUGGUAUAUAUAUGCUGUGGCCAAUAUGCCACAGCUAAGGGCUGUUCUUAUGCAUGAUGCAACGCGGAGUGUCUGGAUACAGCCCUUAGCCAUGGUAUAUUGGCCAUAUACCACAAACCCCCAAGAUGCCUUAUUGCUAUUAUUUUGUCAUACCCGUGGCAUAUGGUCUGAUAUACCAAGGCUGUCAGCCAAUCAGCAUUCAGGGUUUGAACCAUCCAGUUUAUAAAUACAGUUAUGACAUAUUGUAUCCUUUUAUAAAUAUAGAAUGUUACAUGUUUUCAACUGCUCACUCUGUAUCCUCUUCCGAGAAGCAGCAUGUCAUUGGUUUCAGCUGGUUCAAACCGGACUGAAUUUGAUCCCUUCUCAUUUCUUUUCAGCUGACUAAGAACGGUACAGUGGAGUCGGAGGAGGCCAACACGCUCAUGGCGGACGACAUCUCUGACGAUGACAUUGAUUUGGACAACACCGAGGUGGACGAGUACUUCUUCCUCCAGCCCCUCACCACUAAGAAGCGCCGGGCUCUGCUGCGGACCUCUGGGGUGAAGAAGAUUGACGUGGAGGAGAAGCACGAACUGCGGGCCAUCCGGGUGUCCAGGGAGGACUGCGGCUGCGACUGCAGAGUGUUCUGUGACCCAGAGACCUGUGCAUGCAGCGUAGCAGGAAUCAAGUGCCAGGUAAAUCCCUGGGUAGUCUGACCAUACUGUACACUCUCUCAUAUUGACACUGAUGUGUCACUCUAUCCGCUCUGGAAUUAAGCCCCAUAAGCAGUCCCUAGUCUUGAGGCAAAUGCAUUUUAAUAGAAGGAUGUAUUUUAGACAUUGUAGAUGAAAGCACUGUAUCAUUUACAGUAGCUUAUCUGACAUUGCCAAAAUUCUACAUUAAUUAAUCUAUUACAUGCAAACUGCAGAAUAUAUGGUCAUAUAACUCAAGGUGGUCCAAUCUACAGGUGGACCGCAUGUCUUUUCCCUGUGGCUGUACCAAGGAGGGCUGUAGCAACGCGGCCGGCAGGGUGGAGUUUAACCCCAUCCGCGUGCGGACCCACUUCUUGCACACCAUCAUGAAGCUAGAGCUGGAGAAGAGCCGGGAGCAGCAGCAGGCAUCCCCUGCCAACGGUUACCAUGGCGAAAGCAACGGCUAUGUCAACCCGCUGGUCCAGACCCAACACAGUCUGGAAUACUCUCUGUCAGACCCAACAGUCCAACAGUCUGACAUCAUGCACCUCCAGACAGCUGACGACAUGGACGAGCCUCUGGAUGAUGAAGAUGAAGAUGAGGAUGAGGAGGAGAAUGAGGAAGAUGAGGAGGAUGAAGAGGACAGCAGCAGUUUAUGCAGUGGACUGUCUGACUCAAGCACUCAGAGCUUGGCGAACAGUGACUCUGAGGAAGAGGAUGGUGAUGAGGAGGACAAGUCGGAGGACUUUGAGAAUGGAGUCACCACGCCGCCUGUCGCCAACACUGAGGUUGUCCCCCUGUCCUCCGUGUUGUGUUACUCUGACGGCACUGUGCCACACGACAACCACAUUGACGACGUCAUGAAUGGAAACUCUUAUUUAUUCAGCUCCCCAGCAGAUUAUUAUCAGCUGGAGAACCCCAGUGCUGUUGCCUCAGCCAACGGGACAGCCAGCCAACCCAGUGAACCCUACGGAGAGGCCUUAUCAUUCCCACACACUGUAAGCACUACUAACGGUACCAUGCCACAAGGACCAUUUAACAUGGCCGUCGACAUUGCAGAGCAGUACACAGAUUACCCCCACCAGGCUGAGGAACAGUACACCAAUCAGCACUUCACCCUGACCAAUGGCACAGCAGCAACCACUGCCAUGGGCUGCUGCACACCUGACCUAGAGAACAACAUGGUCCUGUCUAAAGGAACAUACCCUGAGCAGCCUGGGGGCCUCAGCCAGAUGGAGUUCCACAACAACUACCUGAACAAUAAGAAGUGUUUUGUGGCAGAGCAGCCAAAGGAAGUGUCUAGCGUUAAGGGUCUGUCUGAAGGGCCUUCUUUAGCAGACAGUACAAAGAUCCCUGCAUUAGCAGAGAAUCUCCCCCAGGUCGCACCAGUUUAG